GCUGAAGUCCUCGCUGUGUCAGUGUGUAUCCGACAGCGGCCACGACACUUACCCCCUCCUCUCCACUUACUCCCUGUCCUCGUUCUUCGGGACAUUGUGAACAGUGAGCCCUUACUGUGUUAUUUUAGAAAUGAAUACAGGUUCACGUUUUUGUCCUCAAAGUUUAGGAUCACAGCAAUAUUUUAAACUUGGAGAUUGUGCCGCGAAACUGACAUACAGUGAUUGAAGAUCUUAUUGAACGUUGGCCCUUUAUAUGUGCCACAGCUUUCGGAUUUCUCCUUGGACGGAUCAUCAUGGGAGGAGCGAAGUUGUGGACGCUGGACAGGACCAAUAAGUGCUGGACAGCUCGUGAUGAAAGUGUUACCAACUGUCGUCUUCGGGACAACAUGGAUGCUUGAUGAGGUUCUCAGCUGGAGCCAACAGAUGCUUGCUUGUGGUGCAGUGAGAGCAUAAAAUGAAGUUCAGCCAGUGGAUGAAGGAGAGAUGCUCAGGGAAAAGAAACAGGCCAUAGCUCAGUGAGAGUACAGAACAGAAACACAGUAUGUGAGCUGUAAAACUUUUAACUUCAUUGUGCCAAAAAGUUUUAAGUUAUUGUGAUUGUGUGAACAAUUUAAUAUUAUUUUAUUGUGAUAAGAUUUUAGACUGACCUUUUUAAGUGUGUGCAAGAAACCUGUUAAGAACAGAUAAAAGGAAUACUUGGAAUUAAUAGUAACGAGAAAGCGCUAAAUUCAUCGAUAUAUCAACGUUGGAAGCAGACGAAUGAGAAUGCGCUAAGUCUCCGUCGUAAUUCAUAGAGAAUGGCAGCGGUCGCCCGGAAGCUCAGUGACAGUGGGGGCCCGACAGAUGGUGGUGGUGGUGGGAAUGUCGGUAGUGACGGGAAUGUGGUGGGAAGCAGUGGAAGCAGCAGCAGCCUCACCCGCAGUGGGUCCACGCGUGGCAGUUUACGGAAGGUGCUGCCCUCAGUCCCAGAUAUGGAUCAGCAGUUGUCCAUGGCAGCCAAGAUGAUUGACCGCCGAACUUCCACCCCAAAGGGCAAUCACUCGUAUAGUCCCUACUUCUUAGAAUACACCCUGCUUGCUGAGUAUAACCUCUUGCAGAAGCAGAGAGUUUCAGGUGUCUAUGUUGUGCCAUCAGGCAAAUCACCUCUUGUGUGGUUUGGAGUAAUGUUUCUUCGUCAGGGGAUCUAUCAAGAGGGCAUCUUUCGUUUCAAUCUCCAUAUACCAGAAAAUUACCCAGAUGGAGAUGUACCGACCGUGAUAUUUGAAACUCCAGUCUUCCAUCCUUUAAUUAAUCCCGAUACCCGAGAGCUAGACAUUAAACGUGGCUUUGCUAAUAAAUGGCGGAGAAAUGUAAAUCACUUGUGGCACGUACUGUUGUAUGUACGGCGAUGUUUCUACAAAAUUGAGACAAGUCAUCCACUUAAUCCAGAGGCUGCUGUUUUAUAUGAUAGUGAUAAUGAAAUGUUCUUACUACGAGUGCGGGAAUGUGUUGAUAAGAGUAAGGUGACAAUAUACGAAACAACAGUGACAAAUGAUCCUCAUGCCUUGGUGUUUUCCCCAUACCAACCAGCUAUCCAUGAUCCAGUCCGGGAGGAACUGAAGAGGGAAAGAAAUGAACCAGAGAGCACAUUAAAGGAGGACAAUGGCAAUGGUCUGUCAUGGGUGAAACCAGACAUGUGGAGAUGGCCAGCAGCUGAUAAGUUUGAGGAAGGUUUUACACACGCCACCAACCUGCUCUGAACGUGGGCAGUGACGGUAACGAUAAGGAUAAGCAACUACAACAGUCGGAAGAAUGUUUCUUAAUAAGUAAUUUUUGUGUUUUCUAAAUACAAAAUGAACAUUUCCAAUUGUUCAUUACUAUCAGUAAAUUAUUUAUAUAUAUAUAUUGUGAAGCAUUAGACAUCAUAUUAAUAGAAGAAUUGAAUCCCUCCAUUUUUUAACUCUUAAAUACAGUACUCAGAUGUGAUAGAAUUUGUGUCAUAGACCCAUCCCUAUGAGUUUUGUGGUCACAUGUAGGACCCGUGAAUACUAGUCUUCAUAAUUUCACCUUGUAAUUAAAAUAUUUUAUACAGAUCAUCCUUCUCCACAUUACCUAUGUCAACAGAUAACAUUUUAUGUUUUAAAACUGAUAUAUUCCUAAGCAGAUUUAUCGCCACAUGUGAUGCACUUUCCCAGUGAAGUUUGUAAUUGGCAUUCACUUUGAAUUUGUAUAAUAUGUAAAUAAAAUUAUCAGUAAUAA